AUCACUACUCUUUAGCCUUUAGACUAUAAAAGGGAAGAUACCUGUACAGUACAACUCAGAUGGUUCUCACUGGGAGAAAAAAUACUUAUAUACAGUCAUAUAAGACUGACAAGACAUGACUGUCCAAAUUGCCAAACCUUGAAUAAAGCAGGCACAGAAUAUGGAGGCAAUAAAGGGGACACUCCUGGAUCUCUGAGACGUUGGGCUUUUCUAGAUACUGAGUGGUGAUUGCCUUCCUGAAAUUUUUUUAUGUUUUAUUUUGCUUUGAAGAAAUGGUGCUUUUUACCCUCAUUGUGCUUAUUGUUUUGAUAGCAAGCACUGCAGGAAAGUGUAUCCCCAAUAAACAAGAUGUGAUCAUAGUACAUUGCUAUCCUAAGUCUAUUGUGGCUAAAAUUCCAGAGUGCCCCUAUGGAUGGGAGAUUACCCAGCUGGCCCUGGGCGGAGUGUGUUAUAAUGGCAUUAUUGAGUCUGGUUACUAUCAGUUUUCCAUUCCCGAUCUGUCGCCCAGAAAUAAGUCAUACUGUGGAACACAGUCUGAUUUCAAGAACCCGAUCUACCAUUUCUACAACUCAAUAGUGUCCAACGACAGCACCCUGGUUGUGAAAAACCAGCCUGUGAACUACUCCUUCACCUGCACCUACCAGUCCAACUAUUUGGUCAGCCAUGCAGCUUUUGACCAAAGAGUAGCCACAGUUCAUGUGAAAAAUGGGAGCUCAGGAUCCUUUGAAACCCAACUGUCUCUCAAUUUCUACGCUAAUGCCAAGUUUUCCACCCAAAAAGAAGCUCCGUUUAUUGUGGACACAUCAGACAUUGGCACCGAUGUCUACGCUGGAGUCGAAGCCAAAGGAAUCAGCAGCAGGUUCAAGGUGGUCCUGAAUUAUUGCUGGGCCACUCCAGCUCUGGACUACGCCUUCCACAUUCAGUGGCAGCUCAUUAGUAAAGGGUGCCCCUCAGAUGACUCAAUUAUUGUGCAUGAAAACGGGAAGAACAGCCGAGCCACGUUUCAGUUUAACGCGUUUCGCUUCCAGAAUGUCCCCAAACUAUCCAAGGUCUGGCUGCACUGCGAGACCUUCCUGUGUGACAGCGAAAAGUUUUCCUGCCCGGUGACUUGCAACAAGCGGAGGCAACAGAAGGAGCAGACAGGAGGGGUCCUGGUGGCUGAAUUUGUCCUGCGGAGUGCUGCGUCUUUAUUUAACGCCGGACUUGCAGUGAUCCUGCAUCAUCUCCUGCUCACUGUGGGGAUCUGUAGAAUCCUGUCCUAAUCCUGAACCACCUCAACGCAUUUUAUCACACCUGCAAACAAGAUGGAGUCUGCCACCCAGAUUCACAAGCAUGGCCUCAGGAACAUGCCCAGCAAACAUAGCAGAAUGCAUGAAUCUGUGACAAUUUCCCGGCCUUUACAAAGUCUGGGAGCGGAAAAAAUUCUAGACUAUAUAUUAGCUAAAUUAACUUCGGGGCUGGAGUCUGAAUUCCUGGACGUGUGUUAAACUAUUUUAAUACAUGCUUCACAAUGGUGCAAUAAACCUGUAAAUAAAAGUGUUUUUUUCCA